AUGAAAACCGACACCGCCUUCUUCUUUGCAGUGCUUAGCCUUUUGUUUCUUUCGGCUGGAGCUAGUCUCGUGACGGUGGAGAAUGUCGAUGUUGUCCCCGAAGGAUGGAAACUUCAUGGCAGAGCAAACACCUCAGAGCAAAUAUCCCUCUCGAUUGCCCUCAAGCAACACAAAAUUGAAGCGUUGAAAACCCGGCUUGACGCGAUCAGCAGCCCUGGGAGUCCGAAUUACGGGAACCAUCUUUCUCGAGAGGACGUACAGUCUCAACGCGCCGCCGAGCCGCAAGACGUCAGCUUGGUUCGGUCAUGGUUGGCAGCCCACGGAGUUGAUGUUGUCCUGGCUCGCGAUUGGAUGACCUUCAAUACCACAGUUGGAAAUGCUGAAGGACUUCUCAAUACAAAGUUAUAUUCCUACAGUUUUGAGGACAGAAAAUCAGUUAUCAGGGCUCAUACAUACUCAGUGCCUCUUGAGAUCUCAUCAGCGGUGGACUUUGUGCAUCCUCUUUGCAACUUCAUGCCGCCAUCCCUUCCGCGCCUGAAACCAGCUCCGAUGGCCCAGAGAUUGAAAUCAACAUGCGGCCGGCCAGAGCUGCCCUGCAAUGGCGGCACUGAUCCUGCAUGUAUCAGGGCUCUAUACAAUAUCAAUUACACGGCGCCAAUUGGGAACUCGCCCGUCAAGUUCGGCAUCGCUGGUUUCUUGGAGCAGUACAUCAACUACGAGGACACUUCAACCUUCAUGAAGCGCUAUGUCCCCGAGAUUGAGCAGACUGGCUACAAUUUCACCGUCGAACUGGUCAGCGGCGGCGAAAACCCCCAAGACAAGGAUGCCGCGGGUAUGGAGGCCUCUCUUGAUGUCCAGUACGCCAUGGCACUAGGAUAUCCGACCAACGUGAUAUACUAUUCCGUCGGUGGCCGUGGGAUUGAACUUGAUGGCGAGGGAAUCCCAUACCACGCCACCGAGUCCGACAACGAGCCCUUUGUCGAGUUUCUCGACUAUCUCCUGGACCGCACCGACGAAGCUUUGCCACACGUUAUAUCCAUCUCGUACGCCGACGAUGAGCUGAGCGUUCCUAAAGCCUACGCCUUACGGACGUGCGACAUGUUUGCUGCCCUCGCGGCCCGUGGCGUCUCCGUUCUUGUGGCGUCGGGCGACGGCGGCUCCCGCGGCACAGGUCAACGACUAUGUUACAGCAACGACGGCAGAGGCAGAGAGAUGACAUUGCCGACAUUUCCGGCAUCGUGUCCGUACGUGACUACCGUAGGCGCGACGACAAACUCCGGUCCUCCGGUCACGGGAGCCGGGUUCAGCACCGGUGGCUUCAGCAACUACUUUCGACGGCCGGAGUGGCAGUCCGAUGCUGUGGCGGAGUAUAUUGCGGCCCUCAACGGGACCCUGAAAGGCCGUUACAAUCCCUCCGGCCGCGCUUAUCCCGACAUAAGCGCCAUCGGGUCCGGGUUUGCUAUUGAAUGGGGAGGUACGUCGAGCAGUGUUCUGGGCACGAGCGCCAGCUGUCCAGUGGUCGCAGCCAUGGUGGCGCUGGUCAACGAUGCGCGUUUACGGGCAGGGAAGAGACCGGUAGGCUGGCUGAACCCCAUUUUAUACUCGGAAAAAAUGCGAGCUGUACUGCAGGACGUGGUCGAGGGGCAAAGCUACUCGUGUAGUUGGAACGGAGACGCGCCCGGCGGAUGGCCUGCCAAGCCUGGGUUUGAUACCAUUACGGGGCUGGGGGUGCCGAAUGACUUUGAAAAGUUUCUCAAGGUUUUCAUGGAUCUUGAUUAA